AUGACAGAAUCAAAGAUGCAAUUAGAAGAUUGGCUGGAUGACCUGUGUGUCCGGUUCAUCAUCAACCUCCCGCGCGAAGAGCUUGAGUCAGUUGAACGGAUAUGUUUCCAAGUCGAGGAGGCACAAUGGUUCUACGAAGACUUUAUCCGGCCGCUCGACCCAGCUCUGCCGUCGCUAAACUUGAAGACAUUUGCCAUGCGCAUUUUCCAGCAUUGCCCGCUCAUGUCACAAUGGUCUCACUAUCACCACACGGCUGCCUUCUCAGAGUUCCUCCAUUACAAAACCCGCGUGCCUGUCCGCGGUGCGAUCAUGUUGAAUGAAGACAUGGAUGAGGUUGUUUUGGUCAAAGGCUGGAAGAAGGGCGCCAACUGGAGUUUCCCUCGCGGCAAAAUCAACAAAGGCGAGAAGGAUCUGGACUGCGCCAUUCGCGAAGUCUACGAAGAGACUGGGUUUGAUGUUCGGGAUGCUAAGUUGGUCAAGGACGAAGAUGAUGUCAAGUUCAUCGAGAUCACAAUGCGAGAACAGCACAUGCGACUCUAUGUCUUCCGAGGCGUGCCCCGUGAUACGCACUUCGAGCCCCGCACUCGAAAGGAAAUCAGCAAGAUCGAAUGGUACAAGCUUUCGGAGUUGCCGACAUUGAAGAAGAGCAAGAACCACGAUGAAGGGUUCGCGGUCGCGAAUGCAAACAAGUUCUAUAUGGUUGCACCUUUCCUACACCCGCUCAAGAAAUGGAUUGCCCAACAGAAGAAGAUUGGCGCCAAGGCUCAGGCUGGCACAAAGCAGAAUGCACAGGCUGAAGGCUAUACUUCUAUGGAUGAAAAUGGCCACACUAAUGGAACCCCAGGGUUGUCUCUUGCAGAGAUGGCUAUCUCAAAUAAUCUUCCUGAGGUUGCCUCUGCCGAAGAUGCCUCAUUCCACUUGAAACGUUUGUUGAAAAUUGGUGCAGCGCCGGCGCAAGUUGAAGAAGCAGGUUUUGAGCCAGUUCAAAACCCUGCUGUCGACCCAUCCAAGUCGAAUGCGCUCCUUGCCUUGUUGAAAGGUGGCUCUCAAGGGAAUUUCUCACAAGCCCCUCGCAAUGAUGCAAUGCCACCAUCUAAUGGAACCCAUCCUCACCUUCCACCUGCGGACCAACGGCCUCACAUGGGUCCAAAUUUCUUCCCCGGAUUUCCUCAGCAACAGCCUAAUAUGGGGCCCUCUCCUUUUGUGCAGCAGACUUCUGCACCAUUCCACACUCACCCAUCUCAGCAUAAUACCCAACCACAUCUUUCCCGGGGCAAUGCAUUUCCCGCAGUUCCGCAGCCUGGAUAUCCUGAUACUCAUGCAGUGUCUCAAUUUCCCCAGCCUGCUUCUUUGCCGCUACAUCAGCACCAAACACAGCAGCUACCUACUCGGGAUAUUCAUCCACCGAGUCAUAUGCCUGCACCGUUUCAGCGCACUGGGGAUCCUCAAUUUUCCGAAUCUGCUCAGCCAUCUCAAAGCCAGGGUCCGGUGGUUCCUCCCGCCAGCAAAUUGCCUCCACCUAAGCUCACAAGUCAUUCGCUGGCGCUUUUGAACGUCUUCAAGGAUGAGGCUUCCAAGACUCCCAAAGGAUCGGGUGCAGCAACACUAGCCGUGUCUGCACACACCUCUUCCCACGUGCGCAAGACGUCCCAACAUCAGGAUAGUCUGUUGAAUCUGCUCAAAGGCCCUCGGCCUGUUUCUGCUGCUGAACCAGUUGAAUUGCUAGGCAAUCCUGUUAUACCUUCCGCUGGCCCCCGAGACAAGCAGAUUCUCCAACGUCCGCAAUAUCAGCAUUCUCACCUUACUCAUCCAGCGAUUGGUCCGAGUAAGGGUCAGGCAGGGGCAGGACAAACAUCUGCCACCGUGUCUGGACCUUUGAACAUGCCGCAAUUCGAGGCAAUUCCUAAGUCGACACAUAAGAAGUUGAACGACGGACCGAAUCGCAAGAACCAUGCAAACAGACGAGAGCAGUCUCAAUCACAGCAACUUUCUUCCCCCAUUACUAUUCUCCCGCGACCACAGUCCGUUAAACGAGAGACAUCUUCCUCGGGACCUGUUGCACAAGCACCACAGGUUCCUAGCCAACCCCAGGCAACCCCUAUUGAGGCACCCGAGCCUAUCAAAGCCUUCCAGCCACAGAUUCUACGUCGAUCCGACAAGACGGGCUACGAGAGUCUGAUGGCGGCAGCUCCGCAGCCCUCUGCUGAGCGCAAAUCGAGCUUAGCAGAUGUCCAGACCAAUGCACAGGGCCUGGCGCCACAGGGCAAAUUUGACCGACGCCCAAGCCAAACGGCCGAACAGAAGGAAGCCCUUUUGUCUCUGUUUAGCAGAGCACCGGCUUCUCCCUCGCCCGUUUCUUUGUCCCAGCUCGAAUCCCGGGCUGUGAGUGGGCAUCAGCCUGGGUUCUCAGGCCUGGUCAGCCCGAUGUCGUCUCGCCAUCGCCCUAGUAGCGGGGAUUCCAUUUCUCGGCGUGGCACACCUUCUGACAGCGGUGUGCAUGCUAAGACGAACCGCAUUUCAUCUCCCAGUAACAAGGCGUUCUUGCUUGGGUUCUUGGAGGGAGUGGCCAAGGGGAACAAAUGA